UUAAGGAGUGGAACCCUCCUUAAUCGUUUCUAGUCGAGAGCGAAAAUAAUUAUGCAUCAUGCUAGUACCUCUUCCUGACGACACAUACAUCUACUAUUUUCAAGCCACAACUGGUAUUAUAAACGCAAUCGUACAUGAAGCUCUUUGGCCUUUGUUCUUUUUCUUGCUUUUUGUUAUCCCAGUUACAAAAAUUAUUAAUAAGAUCCGCGACUACUUAUUUGUGAAACCUGUCCCUGAACGUGUUGAAGUCACGGGGUCGUGCAAAUGUCAGAAGAAAUCUCAGACUGACUCAACCAGGUUGUCAAAUGAUGACUUAGAAGUGACUGUGAUAAUCAAAAACAGCUACUGGAAGAACCAACUGCCUAUAAAAAGGCAUAUGAUUCCCUUAAUUUAUUCUUAAUACUGGAACUAACGGAUAUACACACUCUAUUUACAUAUUCAAGACUUUGCUACCUUACCAAGGGACAAGUAAAUUAUUAUAACCAGUAACCAUUGAUUACUUAUUGCUAUGAACACCAACACUAUUUAGCAGCAGAUUGCUAAAAAUUAACAGAAGGACUGCGUGUGACCACCAGGAAGUGUUAACACUUAUCAGAACAGAUUCUCUAGCACGAGUUCAGCGAGUGCGCACCACCAAAACGAGCGAAGCUACGUCAC